UUUCCUUGCCAUAUUUCAACCAUUUGAAGUUAACAUAGAUUUAUCAUAUGGAAAAACAUUUGGUGCAGUUUAAAGUAUCACUUUAAAAUAAUUUGAAAUAUGAACCCGCUCCGCAACUAUACACCUUAUAGCUAACCACCGGCUUGAACUUUUAGCGCAUACAACACUCACUUUUCCAUUGUGGCGUCAGAUAUUUUGUGUUAAGGCGUCAACAUUUUUCGGGAACCUGUGUGAUAUCCAGUAAUGGCAGACAAAUAGCUUAAGGUGUAUUGAUAAAUGAAAUUGUUUUUGCUUCACAUCCAGUGGCAAAUAUUUCAUGCAUUUUCAGUAGUAUAAGUAGUUCACAUUAUUAUGACAUCUUGGAUGGCUUUUUAAUUCUAUUGCUUUAAUCCCUUCCUGCGACAAGAAUAUACACAAAAUCAAAUUCCAAUAAUACCCUCAGCAAGUGGCAUGAUUAGCUAACACAUAUCAAUGACUAUUUCAGGACAAAAACAAUCAAAAUUAACAAUUACUAUAAUUGGAAUUUUCUGCAAGAUAUGUAUAUAUAUAGGGCUACUGGUUUAGUAAGAAACAUGGAUGCCUUAGGAAAAUGCACACUAUAAGGAUGAAAAGUCAUGAUGUAGAUCUAAAGAGUAUAUACUUGUUCAUCUUAACAGUCGAUGCAGUCAUCUGUUUUAGCUGGAAUACAUUAAAUCUACCAGAGGAACACAUUCCUUAUUUUUUCAACAAUAAUCCUGAUAUUAAAGAAGAAUGCAAAAGAGAUGAAAAAUGUCCAUUUCAGGACAGUUUAUUGAUUCAGAAGUGUUGGGGAUAUGAGGAGAAAUGUCCCUCAAAUCAGAGAAUGAUUGCUCCAUCUUGCCCAGGAGGAAGUCGAGGAUGGGCAAAAGAUAAAGCAACACAAGUUCAUGAGUUUUGGAAGGCAGCAGACUUUGGUUACAUGAAGGAGAGGAAAAAUGAGCUUAAAGUUAUCUGUCAGCCUGAAAGUGAGGAGGAUUCUCUCUUAGAAUGUUCAAGAUAUACGCGUUACUGUAGAGCUAAAAACCUCUACCUUGAUUUUACCAAUGCUCAUCUGAAACAGGGAAAUGAAAGAUUUCGUGAAGAUGUGUUCAAAGAUGGAGAGAUAGGGGGGAAGUGUAAAUUGAACCAAGCUCUACUGAGGGAGCAAAGUGAACAUAAAAGUCCCUUACAAUCAUGGUAUGCAGAAUUAGAACAUUAUACGUCCUUACCAUUCCAUCCAGAAAACAAAUGUGAUAUUACCAUAGAUAAACCAUCCAUACUCAUUAAAUUAGACGCAGGAGUGAACCUUUAUCAUCAUUUCUGUGAUUUUGUGAAUAUUUAUGCAGCACAACAUGUAAACAACUCAUUUUCUACAGAUGUAAAUAUUGUUAUGUGGGAUACUAGUGAUUUAAUUUAUCGAGAUUUCUUUGAUGUGACAUGGAAGGCAUUUACAGAUUAUCCCGUCCUUCGUCUAAGUCAGUAUGAUGGUAAGAAGGUGUGCUUCAAAGAUGCAGUUUUUUCUUUAUUACCUAGAAUGAGAUAUGGAUUAUAUUACAAUAUGCCAUUGAUUCCUGGUUGCCAUAGUAGCAGUUUUUUCAGAGCAUUUAAUCAGCAUUUGAUGCACAGACUAGAUGUCCAACAAGAGGGUCCCUUGGAAGAGAAAAUAAGGGUUACACUUUUAUCAAGAAGUACAAAAUACAGGAAGAUUCUAAAUGAGGUCCAGUUAGUAAAGGCCAUGAAAACUGUAGGUGAAUUUGAUGUGAGAAAGGUUGACUUUAAUCUGGAUUUAUCAUUCCUGGAUCAGAUUAAGGUUUCCCACAACAGUGAUAUAUUUAUUGGUAUGCAUGGUGCAGGUCUUACACAUGCCCUUUUUCAACCAGACUGGGGUGUUGUCAUGGAAAUAUACAAUUGUGAGGAUGAUGGAUGUUACAGUGACUUGGCAAGACUUAGAGGUGUCAAAUACAUGACAUGGGAGAAAAAAGACAAAUUAAUUCAAGAAGAUGAGGGUCAUCAUCCUACUUUAGGUGCCCAUGCAAAGUUUACAAAUUAUGAAUUUGAUGUGUCAGAGUUCAUGAGACUGGUUUCCAAGGCAGCAGACCAUGUCAGAAGUCAUCCUUCAUUUAUCCAGGCCAGGAAGGAAAAAUACAGCAAUGUUAAAGAUGAACUAUGACCAAACUGUACAAUCAAUUGUAUAUGACUUUUUUGCUUAAGUAUUAUUAUUUGUGGGAACCAUUUUUAUGGAAAAUCUGUUAUGUUUUUGAUUGAUGAAAAAAAAAGAACACAUAUUAUGAGUUGAUAUAAGUAAAGUCUGAAAUUUUAAAUUUAAACCAUUGAAUCAAAGUUUUUUUUAGUUUAAAAAAAAUAAUUAUGAUAAAAUAAAUAAAAAGAAAACAGAAUCAAAAACCUCAAGAUAAGAAGAGAUGUGGUCAAAAACACAGUUAUCAAUACACAGUUGUUAAGUUUGUGUACAUCUAUCGGACGAUAAAGAGAAGUAUACAAAAAAUAUAUCUUUUACUGCAGUUUUUUUUAAUAUUAAAGGCAAUGUAUUGUGGUCUAGAGUGCAAUUUUUCAUUCCAUUUCACCUGUGCUUUUAAAUAUAAAAAUUUAAACUAUGUUUACAUAAUUUUUUAAGGAAAAAUUACACAUUGCAUUUGUUAAUUUAUUAGUUUUUUUUAGUGUCAUUUUUUAUAUAUAUGAAAUUUACCAGUGCCUUAAAAAUAACCAGUGUUUGCCUUGGAUAUGUGUGAGGGACCAUAUGACUUUUUUAUUGUUGUUUUAUUUUAUAUUAAUAUUGCAUAUUUGCAUAUUUUAUUCUAAGAGGUUGUAUGUUAUACAUAUAUUCUAAUGGUUUAGAGCUUUAUGGGCCCUUUUUGGUCAAAAUAUUUUAAAUUAUAUCGCUAUGUGUAUACACAGAAUUUUAAAAGUUAUUCAAGUAAUAAGGAAAAUGUAAAAAAUUCAGUAGGGCUUUGUAUAAGAUUGAUGUAGCAAUUUCAAGUUGUCAAACUGAAUGGCCACCUGCAUACAUACAGAUUGUUUACUUUGAUAAUCUAAAUGAGGGGUUAUUAGAGACGAAAAUGGAGCCUGAGUGUGAAAAUGAGUCAAGAAAAAGAACUCUGAGAUAAAAAUCAGAUAUUGCAAAACAUUUAGUUUGAUUCACAAUAAAAAAAAAACUAACAUCACACUCCUUGACAGAGGCACAUCCAGAGAGGGGGAAUAUCCUGUGUGGGAACCCCUUUUUUUGGAUGAUAAAUGCAUUUGAAUAGGAACAUAUAGUUGGAACCUCCCCACCUUUAUCCUGGUAUGGGACCCCCCCUUCCUUUUCAAAAUGUCUAGAUCUGCCAUUACUUUACAAAAGCAAUGUUACUAUGACACAUUCUUUAUCUCCAUACAUAUUAGGAGAAUUCAGUCAAUUAUAUCAUAUUAUAUUCCUCAAUCCAAAAAAAAAUGCCAUAGAAAAAUAUACGAACCUUCAGUAUUUAGAUAAUUAAUUGUUAGAUUUAUUGUAUAGAGUUUGUAGAACUUACUUAUGUAAGUUGGUCUCAUUGGAAUCUAAGCGUGACGCUGGAUUGCUGAUAUUUGUAAACGUGACAAGUGAAAGUCAAAUUAUUGUGCCUUGAAAACAGGAAAUGAAGUCCAGCGGGAUAUGUGAAAUUAAAAAAUAUGAGAAUUGCUUACGUACAUAGUGUGAGAGGGAUACUGGAAUCUGACAAAACAGUAAGUGGGAUCCAGAAUCAGAACCCCCCAAUGAGACCCCAAUUAAGAUGAGAUAUUAGCUGAAUAAUUUGAAUCAUGUGAUCUAAAUGCUAACAUUAUUACUGUACAAUUUGAACAGAUUCUAGAUAAGAUUUUAAUUACAAAAUAACUCAGCUUGUAUAACAAAGGUGCUAUUAACACUAUUUGCCAUAUUUUAUUUACAUGUAAAAAUUGUUUUUAAUUUGUUAAUGAUUUCCUUUGAUAGUUUUAUGUAGGUUUUAGAAAUUUAAUGUUAUGUUUUUCCAUGGUUCAUUUGCUUAGAAAUUAGAAUGUAACAGUGAUUGGACGGAUUUUGAUAAUAUCUCCUGAAUAAAAUGUAAUCACAAGAUAA